AAACUUCCUAUUCAGAGGAUUAGAUGAGUUGAUACCCGAAAAAACAAAAUAAAUAACUAAAUAGCUUUUAACAUGUUUUUGACCAGUGAUAUAGCAAUCGUUAUAUUAUUGAUGGUUAACAUCGUCUACUGUCAAAUCGAUGAGGAAAGGCGUCGUCGAAAUCCAUACGAGUUCUUCCAGAUUGGACCGGAAAUACCGGCCAAACAAUAUCUAUACUAUACAGACAACGGCCAGAAUCCAGUACCGCCUCCGGGAACCUCUGAUUUUGUUAGAUAUUUUGCUCGCCAGACAAGUGGCAAAAACUUGAAAAAUAAAUUACAAUCACCACUGGUGUUGUUGUCGGACAGUGAUGUCAGAGAGCCAACUGUCCGACGUUUGCCGCUAAUUGACAGUGACGUCGUCGAAGGUCACGAUCCGCACGCAUCGCACAGAAAUUUUGUUGCCGCCGGUAAUAAUCGGUAUUAUUCAGUUCAGACACCGCCAGCACAUGAACUACAGGCGCCCAUUGUUGGCCACUAUCAUAGUUCCUAUGAGGACAGGGAUAAGGGCGGCAAAAUGUAUUUAGGAAAUCAUGCGUUUCAUUUUUGA